CUCCAGAAACAGCAUGGGGAAGCUCAACUUCUACGCGCUGUGGUCUCUGCGUGACGCCCCGCGUCAGUUCAGCAGGAAGUCGAGCCGCGGCUGCUUCCAAGUGCACGUGCCGCUGCCGCUGCCCGAGCAGCUGGUCAUCUUCGGCCUGGGAGACUGGAGCUCCACCGAGACGAGCAUCUCCGUGGAGGUCCUGGUCAGCGCCGAGGUUCCAGCCCAGAGGAUCGGAACCCUGUCCUCUCAAGUCAGGUGUCUCACCUGGGAAGGAGGCUGGGACUCUGACAUUGUCGCAGCGGCUGCUCAAAGAGGCAGGAGAGGAGUUUACGGCAAGAUCUUACUGACAGUGUGUGGAGAGCCUCAGGAUACGCUCGCUGCCCUCAGCAGCACUCUUUCCCUGCAAAGGAAGUCUUUGUUUCCGGAGCAGAGGAGUGCGGCCCAUCUCUCCAGCACGUUGCUCCAGAGCACUGCGGAUGAACUGGUGACGCCCAGCUUCUCUCACCUGGGUGAAAGCAUUUGCAGUGCCGAUAACGUGGUGGAUAAAAAUGACACUCCUGAAAACGCAGUGGGGUUCAAACCUGCAGUUUGGCCCACGAAUAAGACCCCCAGACGCACGCUGAUCGGGAAGAGGGGCCACCUGACGUGGAGCUCGGAGGACAUGGACGGCCUGUGCGAGGACGUGGAGAAAGCCUCGACCCCCAAGAGGAGGCGGCUGUCCCGGCAGGACAGCCAGGAGGCGAUGGCCGCGCACACGAAGACGGAGCACCGAGGAGUUUCAGUGUGUCCGUCGAAGCGGUGGAGCCACGCCAUGUGUCUGGGCGACGCCGACACCGCCGUCCUCAUCGGAGGGGAAACGGCCGGAGAGCGCUGCAAAGACCGUCUGUGGAAGCUGGAGCUGGAAAAUGACUCGUGGUUUCCGAUCCACUCCUCUGCUCCUGAGCCCGAGCCGCUGUGCGCCCGAGGACACACCGCAACCUACGACCCAGACUCCAAGACGAUCUUUGUUUACGGCGGCCUGAGGGAGGGUCAGCACUCCAGCGAGCUGUACAUCCUCAACACCCUGACCUGGAAGUGGACGCUUGUCACUGCGAAGGGGAGCGUUCCGAACGUGACGUAUCACUCUGCAGUCUUUUACAAGAAAGAGCUGUAUGUCUUUGGCGGAGUCCAGCCGUCUCAGUCUUCAGAGAAGUCCUGCAGGAAUGCUCUGUACAUCUUCAGCCCGGAGUUUGAGCUCUGGUAUCAGCCCAUCGUCGGGGGAGACCAGCCUCUGCCUCGAUUUGGGCACUCUGCAACACUCCUGUCUCACAAUAUGGUCAUAUUUGGCGGACGGCAGACGGCCACCUACUUCAAUGAUGUCCAUGUUCUAGAUCUCGGCUUCAUGGAGUACGCAGCUGUGAGGUGUUGUAACAUGCCGCCACUGCCUCGAGGCUUUCACGCUGCAGCUCCAGUAUCGGACAACAGACUAGUAAUCAGCGGAGGCUGCAGUGCGAUCGGAGCGCUGCAGGAUGUUCACAUCUUCAGCAUCGAGACCAACACGUGGAGUUCCGUGGAGUCUCCACCGCUUAGUCUGAAGCCUCGCGCCGGACACACUAUGCUCAACCUGGGCUGCAAGACGCCAGCCGACAAAGAGAAGCACAGACAGACUGGAGCGGUCCGGUGCACGCUGCUGGUGUUCGGAGGGUCGGACUGCUGCGGGUCCUUUUAUGAUGACACGAUCAAGUGCAAAGUGGAGCUUCCUCCCGAUUGAUGUUUUGAACGAACUCUGGUUUCAUCAUAUUUCAGUGUUGGAUAUGAUGGGACAUGUAUUUGUUUUAAAUUUCUUUAUUUAAUGAAUAAAGGUAAACUUUUUUUUUAAGCAGAAACCGUUCAGAAGCAACUUGCUUUAGCAGCUUUU